UGUUGGAGUAUGUGAGUAGAACUUCUUCCCACAUGUUGGAGUAUGUGAGUACAUGUUCUUCACACAUGUUGGAGUUUGUGAGUAGAACUUCUUCCACAUGUUGGAGUAUGUGAGUACAUGUUCUUCACACAUGUUGGAGUAUGUGAGUGCACAUCAUGGGAGUGUAACCUUUUGGCUUAUGUGUCCUCUCUGUCCACGCUGGUGCGGCUCAGAAACUCGCAGUCAGAACACAGAGAAGCUGAGUGUGGAUGAAGCUACCAGCCUCCUGCUCAACCUCCUGCAGCAGGCCCGCCAAGGAGUGGAGGACAUGCCCGCUGAGGUGUACCUGCAGGAGCUCCCCCUGUGGAAGAGACAGUACUUCUGACUGACAUGUGGCCCGCCCCCUGCCCUGCCCCCUGCCCCGCCCCAUGCCCCUUCACUCUGUAAAUAGGAC